AUGAAGUUCUCGGAGACUCUGGCUAUCUCUGCUGCUCUCGUUUCUGCUGCGAGUGCAAGCCCUUUGAAGCGUACUGGUACUGUUGAUAUUACUUUUAUCGGCGCCGCCGAUGCUCAAUUCACCCAAGCCUUCCCCACCGACGGCUCUGUUGUUGCAAUUUCCAACGUCCUGAGCAUCUCGCACAUCUCAUCUGCCACAGAUGGUGUCGGCUGCACUUUCAACGGUGUCGAUCACUCAGUGACGACCGUGAACGGAGCUACCACUGUCGAUGUCGGUCCGCCUCAGACUCAGAUUUCUGGAACCUGCCACCCAUUGUCGGGUCAGAAUACCCCGCCUCAACAUGGAGGAAAUGAAGUUGAGGUCAUCUUUAUCGGAGCCGCCGAUGCCAAGUUUUCCCAGUGGUUCCCCACUGACGGCUCGACCUGGACGAUCGACAAUGCCCUGAGUAUUUCCCACAUUGAAGUGGAUGCCUCUGGCGUCUCUUGCACCUUUGGUGGAAUCGACAACUCUGUGACUUCAAUUACCGGUCCCAACACAGUCGACGUUGGUCCUCCUCAGACUCAGAUCCAGGGCUCGUGCCAUAUUUAA